AUGAAUAGACUUACUAACGAGCAACGCUUGCAAAUCAUUGAAUUUUAUUACCAAAAUCAGUGUUCGGUUCGAAAUGUGUUUCGCGCUUUACGCCCGAUUUAUGGUCUACAUAAUCGACCAAGUGAGCAAACAAUUAAUGCGAUUGUGACCAAGUUUCGCACUCAGUUUACUUUAUUGGACAUUAAACCAACCACACGAAUGCGUACAGUGCGUACAGAAGAGAAUAUUGCGUCUGUUUCUGAGAGUGUUGCUGAAGACCGUGAAAUGUCUAUUCGUCGCCGUUCGCAGCAAUUGGGUUUGUGUUAUUCGACCACAUGGAAGAUUUUACGCAAAGAUCUUGGUGUAAAACCGUAUAAAAUACAGCUCCUGCAAGAACUGAAGCCGAACGAUCUGCCACAACGUCGAAUUUCCAGUGAAUGGGCCCUAGAAAAGUUGGCAGAAAAUCCGCUUUUUUAUCGACAAAUUUUGUUCAGCGAUGAGGCUCAUUUCUGGUUGAAUGGCUACGUAAAUAAGCAAAAUUGCCGCAUUUGGAGUGAAGAGCAACCAGAAGCCGUUCAAGAACUGCCCAUGCAUCCCGAAAAAUGCACUGUUUGGUGUGGUUUGAACGCUGGUGGAAUCAUUGGACCGUAUUUUUUCAAAGAUGCUGUUGGACGCAACGUUACAGUGAAUGGCGAUCGCUAUCGUUCGAUGCUAACAAACUUUUUGUUGCCAAAAAUGGAAGAACUGAACUUGGUUGACAUGUGGUUUCAACAAGAUGGCGCUACAUGCCACACAGCUCGCGAUUCUAUGACCAUUUUGAGGGAAAACUUCGGAGAACAAUUCAUCUCAAGAAAUGGACCGGUAAGUUGGCCACCAAGAUCAUGCGAUUUGACGCCUUUAGACUAUUUUUUGUGGGGCUACGUCAAGUCUAAAGUCUACAGAAAUAAGCCAGUAACUAUUCCAGCUUUGGAAGACAACAUUUCCGAAGAAAUUCGGGCUAUUCCGGCCGAAAUGCUCGAAAAAGUUGCCCAAAAUUGGACUUUCCGAAUGGACCACCUAAGACGCAGCCGCGGUCAACAUUUAAAUGAAAUUAUCUUCAAAAAGUAAAUGUCAUGUACCAAUCUAACGUUUAAAAUAAAGAACCGAUGAGAUUUUGAAAAUUUUAUGCGUUUUAUUGUUUAAAAAAGUUCUCAAGCUCUUAAAAAAUCACCCUGUAAUUCCUUGCUCGAUCUAAUAUAGCACUACUCACAAUAAUCUCGAAAAGUUUCGAUGAAGCGGAAAGAUUAGUUAUGCCACGAUAGUUUACAACAUUACGACGAUCGCCAUCUUUGAUUAUUGGGCAAAUGUAAGAUUGUUUCCAUAUCCGUGAGAAUUUGGGUUGCUCAAAUGAUCGAGUGAAAAUAACACUUAGUGGUCCAGCUAAAGCGUCAAUACAGCGACGUAAAAUAACAGCAGAUAAGCCAUCGGGCCCAGGAGAAAAUGAACUUUUCAGUUUUUUGGCAGCGCAUUGGACCAUCUGCGGGGUAACGAUGAAAGUGUUUAAGUUUAUCAUGUCAACUGGAACAUCCGAAACAGCAGCUUCCGUAUCGCUACUUGAAGUGAAACUGCUCGAAAAAACACUAGCGAAAUGCUUGGCAAACAGCUCACACGAUUCCGAAACUGACACAGCCGUCUCAUCGCCAAGAAAUACAUUCGAAGGUACAGAUGAACUUUUUCUUUUUGAGUUAACAAAACGCCAAAAACUUCUUGGGUUGCGUUUCAGUUUAGUCUGCGUACGGGGUACAUAUGAUUUGUAUAAACUUGCAUUGAGAGCGCGGUAGGCAUUGACCGAGUGAUGAAAAUUACGAACGUUAACAGCAUUUCGUAGACGAUGCAUUUUUCGCUGAUAUGAGUUUCGCUUACGUUUUAAUUGUCGUAGUUCCCAAGUGCUCCAAGCUGGGGUGACAGAUGGUCUGAGGCGAGGUACAUUUUGAUCAAGCCAGCUAUUUAUUUCAAAGCAGAAGAUUUCUGCCAUAACAUCAACUUCCCUGGUAGCAAACAAUAAAUCCCAAUCUACAGAAAAAUCCACCAACCGGUAAUUCAAUGGGCGCAUGGCACCGCUAUCAUCAUUCUUUGUCAUAUCGGUGUUAUCGGCA